AUGGCAAUGGCAACUACGACUGAUAUAUAUGUGAACGAUUGUACUAAAGUUAUUGCUAAUGAAAUCGAGCAGUUAACGGAAGAUUAUAUGGACGAAAUGGUAGACAGAAUGUUGAUGAUGCAGGAUUUUCAAAUGGGUACUGAAGAUCUGAAUGAAUUGGAUGAGAAUUUUUUCAAUGAAAUGAUGAUGGCUGGUAGCACAGAAGUAGUGGAUGUAAUGGAAAGUGAUCAAGGUACAGUUUUCAAACUUUCAAUAGGUUCACCAAUGUUUGAUGGGCACUCUAUCAGUGGAACGGCAAUAGAUAAAGUGGAUGAAUCAGUAUAUAAUGCGGCUGUUGAACAACGACAGAAUAUAGCCAUUGAUAAACCGAUAAGUAUCUUCUCGAGUAAGUUGUCCCUGAUACCAGAACAAUAUCGUAAUAUGAUAAACUUACUGAUUGAAGCUGCUUGGUUAACGGACUGGUACAAGGAACAACUGUACUAUUCACCAUACAAAAUUCAACGAGAUAAUAAAGACGAAAAUGUCGAAGAUAGAAAUCCGGUAUAUGUUAAGGUCACGAGAAAAGACUGUAAUGCAGGAUUUGUCAUACUCAAACUGGUAUGUAUAAGAUCAUUAUUAAAUCAAUUAAAACGUGUCCGAACAUUGAUACCAUUUCAGCCAGAUGUCAAUUUUAAACAACCUGAAGACAAGUGUUCAACGAGACGUGGAGUUCCACUGUCGAUCGAUUUGGAUCCAAAUCUAAUUGAACGUCUACUAGAAACAACAUAUACAACAAAUGUAACAACAGAACAGGACGAUCGACAACGAAGAAGUACGCUAAAAUGUCAACAAGUCCUGAAGGGGACUCAUCCGCGGGUGUUAUAUACCCAUCCAUAA